CCCAGCCACAGAAUUUGCGCGACUGAUCAGCUCAGCUCAGCUCAGCCAGCCGGCCUGGCCUCGCGAUAUCGUAUCGCCCAGUAUAGUGUGAGCGGAUGCAGGAUAGAACUUUUUAGAAGAGAAGUGUCAUGCCCCGAUAAACUUGCAUAUGUUGUCAUGUCUUGUCGAUCAAGUCUGAAAAAUCAUGUAAAAAAAUAAGUCAUGCCGGAGCUACAUGUGCAAUAACAAAGUCAGACUUGACGUCGAAAGCAAACUCAGUGAUCGUCGACUAGGCCUAUCUUUAAAAACACUUACAUGUAGCAACUUGUUACUGCGUAGUGCGCUGAUGCACACAUGAGACAGUGAGGGCCUAUUCGUUAUGUUCAGAUGUUUCUCCUAUUUAUAAAUAUAGCGACUUGACCUUCGUGCUUUGCGUGUUAGUUAGGGUCAGCUUCAGUACUAAAGUGAGGAACUGUACUGUCAUGACUGUACACUCAGUGACUGACAAGAAUUAUUUUCAAAGGAAUUCAGCAUCAUCUCAGCCCAAAACUGAAUUUCACCUUACAACAGCAAUGACUCUCAAUUAAGUCUCCUCCACAAAUCAUCACAGUGAUGCGGAUGUUUGAGAAAGGCAGAUUCUUGUGGGCUUAGUGAAUGCAACAUGAGCUUGAACCCAGUGAUUUGUAAUCAUGGCCAUGCUCAACCGCUUCCGCCAAGUCGUCAACAAUGUGAUGACUAACAUGCAACAGAACCGUAACCUCAAAGAUGUGGAGGAUAUGGACAAAACCAGUGGGCGGGGCCUGCCGGAGAAGUAUUCCUACACCAGGCCCGAAUUUCUCCACUUGAGCUCCGAGGAAGUCUCCAUAGCCUCGGACUCGAUCAUCAGACCUAUCAUGGUUCCCAGGGAUCUAUCCAAGUUACCGUGGCAUUGUGGAUAUGCAGAAGUAAUGAAUGGAGGCAAGAGCAAACACAACGAAGAUCAAGCAGCUGCCGGACAUUUUGUCCUCAAGGGUCACAACCAGGAGAAAGUGGAAGUUGGGGCAGACGAUAGACCCACAACUGGAGACCCAGAUGACAUCCCGAUGACCUACUUUGCCAUUUUCGACGGCCAUGCGGGGGCUGGGGCUGCCCUCAUGUCUGUCAACACCCUCCACUACCAAAUCCUAGAGAAGCUAGACCGAGUCUACGAGCUCCUCAUCAACAGUUCGCCUGAGCAUCGGCAGUUCUCACGCCGGGGGGACCUGAGACCCAGCAAGUGGCCCUUCGCGGAGAAAGAGGUGUCGGUGGAGAGCCUGGUGACUGGAGCACUGGAGGCAUCGUUUGUUGAUAUGGAUGACCAAAUAAGGCAAGAGAAACUCUACUUCUCGGUAUCAGGAGGCUGCACUUCACUAGUGGCUUUAUUCCUCCUGGGAAAACUGUACAUAGCCAAUGCAGGAGAUAGCAGGGCCAUCAUAUGUAAGGGGUCAGAGGUCAUUCCCAUGACGACCGACUUCAACCCGGUAACCGAGAGACAGAGAGUGCAAUAUUUAGCGUCUGUGAAACCAGAGCUGCUGGGCGGUGAGUUCUCCUCCUUGGAAUUCCAGAAGCGGGUCCACCGGAAAGACCUGGGCAAGAAAGUGAUGUACAGGGAUUGCACCAUGACAGGAUGGACGUACAAACUGGUGACAGAAGAGGACCUGAAGUUCCCCCUCGUGGUCGGCGAGGGCAAGAAGGCACGCCUAUUGGCCACGAUCGGGGUGACCAGAGGGUUCGGAGACCACGACCUCAAAGUCCACGGCACUGAUAUUGCCAUCAAGCCCUUCCUGACGGCCGUGCCAGAGGUCAAAGUGUACAACCUGUUUGACCAGGAACACAACGAGAACGACGUCUUAGUCAUGGCCACAGACGGCUUAUGGGACAUCCUCAGCAAUGAGAAGGUGCUGGAGAUUGUCAUGGAGGUUAUGCUUAGCUUCCCUCCAGGAGAUUACAAAAGGUACGCCUCUGCAGCCCAGGAGCUGAUCAUGGCUGCCAGAGGCAUCCUCAAAGCCAACGGCUGGCGGACCAAAGAUGGCCGACAGGGCUCUGGCGACGAUAUCUCCGUGUUUAUAGUCCCCCUGUGUCAUCACGUCGGCGUGUCACCCCAGAACAGCUGGACGGAAUCCCAGGAAACCUCGGGCCUCUGCUCUGACAGUCCGCAGUGAAUUCUGGGAAUAUUUUCACGGUGAGCCGAAACAAAAAAAUUCAGGUGUGCCUGUAAAAGUUAGAAAUCAGUACAGCCUGUAAUUGUUAAGCAGUCUAAUCGCAAAAUGUGGGAAAUCAAGUUGAAGAUUACAAUGCACAGAGUAAUCGGAAUAAAGUCCAGUAAAAGUGAAAACGCUCGUUGUUGCCAAAUUGGCUUAUUAAAGGGUAUGUGGAGGGACAGUAGAGGGCGGUGUGUGCCUUACUCACAUGAGCCAAAUGAGGGCGCUUUCUUGACAGUGUUGGCAUGAAAGUUAAACUCUACAUAUGUGGUGAACGGCACACAAUGCAUACAGCACGUGCGCUAUUUCUCCGGUAGUGUUUGUAUUAUAAGGGCGCACUUAUGCAGUGGUGCGAUAUGGAAAACUUGGUGCUAAGUUGCCUGCACCUAACGGGGCUUUCAACCAUUUUUGUCUAACCACUGGCUGUCAGAGUUGUGCAUAAUAUAGUCUACAGUGGUUGUCUGUGUUUAGGAUUGGGUUAUUGCUGAAAGCUCCGUGCAUGAACUGUAGAUACUAUGACAAUGUGUGAAACGCCCAUGCUCAGGUUAUCUGUGCAUGGAUGUCGUGUGUUUCCUGCCACAAAACGCUGCGUCCUGUAAUUUUAUCAUGUUGUGCGAAUGUCGUACUAUUAUCUAUGCCUCGCAUCAUGAGACUGCUGUAUUGCACGUUGAUGCGUUCAAAUUCAUGGUUAGAGAGUUAAGGCACACGUCAGGUCUAGGUUUAUAGGCACUUUCACACUACAAAAAAUCUCUGUGUUGUACACAGGUCCGACACGUGUAAACUAGACUGACCUUUUCACACUACAAAAUUUAACACGGCACUGAACCGUGUAGAGCGCUCGAUCCGUGUCAAAACUAACACUGCUCGGGAGGUGGGUUGAGAACUCUCGAUCCGUGUGGAGACGUCCGACACGUGUUGAAAGCCGUAGUAUGAACACUUCUGGGUUAAGUUCGCCCCGUGUAACCACGGAUCGGACCAGUGCACAGCAGCAUCACACACUGUAGUUGUUAGCAACGAACAAACGAAUAACCUUUGACCUGCUGCCCUGCCACGGCUACGCCCUCGCCUGCUUUUUCGCGCGUUCUUCGUCCGACGCGACAUGUCCGAGAAAAACGGCCAGAGGUCAGAAAAAAAGACCCACAUGGAGUGCUAGUGAGUAGGAGGUGUAGGCAUUGCUGGCUAUUGAAGCUUUAUACAGAUCCGUGUGAGGCGGCCGGCCGUGUGUGUAGUAUAAAACGAUCGCACAAUACAUGGGUCAAAACAUAACAUGUGUGGCACAAAUGCUGGUGUUGCGUUGAGUAGUGUUAAAACGAAGUGAAAUUGAACCGUGCUGAAAUUUUAAGAGGUCGACACGGGUUGGAACCACGUAGAUUUUGACACAGAUCAGGCGUUCAUAGUGUGAAAAGGCGUUUUGUCUGUGGUAGUUAAAGAGCCCAUAAUACGUUAGAAAUACUAAGAUAUUGAAUCCUUCCUAAGCAGUACUGUCUGUGUUCAGUGAGGUGGUUGCUUACCUCAGCAUUGACAUUAUGAUGCCACCUUUGUAAAUAUGUACCUGCGUCUCUGUUUGUGUUUCAAUGCUUUUAAGUCUCUGAACCCUGAGUGGCUUUAACCUCGUUAUAGAGGUGACUUCUAAUUAAUAAUAAAAAUUGUGCACACACUUGUACAUGUGUGUGUGUGUGUGCAGUGCGGAGGUACUGUUAUCCAAUGUUCAACUGCAGUGUGCAUACUAAGCUGUGGCGUUUUUGCGCGAGGUGAUAGAGCAAGUGAGUGUGAGCGAAUAGUGUCAGUGGCUCACAAGUGACCUUCAGUACCGAUAAUCUUUUUGUGAGCGGGUACCCACAUAUGAAGUCCGUAUUCCUUCAUAAAGACAGGGCUUCACCACUCUUUCAAGUUCUGGGGUCAUUUUCUCGUAGCUCAGGAACUUGCUAAGCUUAGAAAAUAUUCGCUAAGCGAGAUUGGGUUACCGGUUCAACCCAUGCAGAGUAUAUUGAUGGGACUGGUUCCCUGCCGAUUUUUGCUAAGCACACAUUAGGAGCUCCACGAAAAUGGGCCCCGUUGUCUUGGUGAAUAUGACAUGCCCAUUGGCCAGUAUAUUCUUUUUUGUUUUUAACGGCACGUACCGGUACGUGUAUGAGGAUCACUAUUAGCCCGUGCCUCAUGCCUGACUGUAGUGAAUUGACCUGUCGCAGUAGAAUCGCGUUAGAAUUGCGUCAACGCAGCUUGUGAAAUAAUGUCUAAUUAUAUGAUAAACAAAUGGAUGCGAAAGCUAGCGUACAAAAAUUUCAUAGGGUUGU